AUGGUCUUGUGUGCCUUAACUGCUGCCUUUGCCGCUGUUAUUAUUGGUUAUGAUGCUGGUUUCAUUGGUGGUACAGUGGCCUUGGAUUCAUUUCAAAUUGAAUUUGGUAUUGAUAAAUUGACUGCCAAACAAGCUGCAAAUAUCUCUUCAAAUGUUGUAUCAGUUUUUCAAGCUGGUGCAUUCUGGGGUGCAAUCUUUUUUUAUCCAGUUGGUGAAUUAAUUGGUAGAAAAAUCGGUUUAGUUAUUUCUGGUUUCUUCUUGGUUCUUGGUGCUGGUAUUUCAUUACAUGCAUCUUCUGCUCAUGGUUUAGGUCCCAUCUAUGCUGGUAGAGUUUUGACUGGUAUUGGUGUGGGUGGUUGUUCUGGUUUAGCUCCAAUCUAUAUUAGUGAAAGUUCUCCAACCUUAAUUAGAGGUAAAUUAGUUGGACUUUGGGAAAUCAGUUGGCAAGUUGGUGGUGUGGUUGGUUAUUGGAUUAACUAUGGUGUUUUACAACAUAUUCCAUCUACUGAAUCAAAACAAUGGUUAAUUCCAUUUGCAAUUCAAUUAAUCCCAUCAGGUUUUUUCUUUUUUGGAACAUUCUUUAUUCCAGAAUCUCCUCGUUAUUUGGUCUUUAAAAAUAAAUAUGAAAAGGCUAAAAAGAAUUUAUCAUUCUUAAGAAAUCUUCCAGAAGAUCACCCUUACUUGAAUCAUGAAUUAAAUAACACUAUUAAAGACAUUGAAAUUCAUAAAUUAAAAUUAGGUUCUGAUUCAUUCUUUGAACCAUUUAAAAAAGUAUUCUUUCAAAAAAAAAUUGUUUUAAGAUUGUUAUUAUCGACAAGUCUUUUUGUUAUGCAAAAUGGUAGUGGUAUUAAUGCUAUUACUUAUUAUUCGCCUACCGUUUUUAAAUCAUUUGGUCUUAAUGGUACAAAUGCUGGUUUGCAAUCUACUGGUAUUUUUGGUAUAUUAAAAGCGUUUGCUUCAUUAGUUUGGUUGUUUUACAUUGUUGAAAAUUUCGGUAGAAAGACAGCUUUGGUUUGGUGUUCAUUACCUUGUUCUUUAUGUAUGUGGUAUAUUGGUGCCUAUAUUAAAAUUGAUGAUCCAGCUGCAAAGGUUGCUGCUGGUCAAACUAAACAAAAUGGUGGUGGUAAAGCUGCCCAAGCCAUGCUUUAUAUUUGGACUAUAUUUUAUGGUGUAAGUUGGAAUGGUACACCAUGGGUUAUAAAUUCAGAAAUUUUCAGUCAAGAAAUUAGAACAUUAACUCAAGCCAUAAAUGCUUGUGCCAAUUGGUUCUGGGCAUUUGUUAUGGGUAGAUGGUCUGGUCAAGCUUUAGAUGCUAUUGGAUAUAAAUUUUACUUUAUUUUUGCCACUUGCAUGGUUGUUUUCCCAAUUAUUGUUUAUUUCUUGUAUCCUGAAACAAAGGGAGUUCCAUUAGAAGCUAUUGAUCAUUUAUUCUUUAAAGUACCAGCUUGGAGAUCAAGAGCAUAUGCUUUGGAACAAUAUAGAAUUGAAUAUGAAUCUAAAUUAGCUGCUGCCACUAAAGCUAUUGGGGAGAAUGGUUUAUCUAGCUUCACCAAUGAAAAGUAUACCAUUAGUGAAGAAUCCGAUGUUGGUGGAAAUGAUGAGCACCCGGCUAAAGACAAGACUGCUGAUGUUCCAAGUAUUCAAUGA